UACAAAACGAGCAAAUUUACCAUUUGUCCAUUGUAUCAAUGUUGUAAAUAAAGGAGAGAAUUAGCUGUAUUAAUUAAUUGCUCACAUGAUAGACAAAAACAAGACUCUCCUCAGGACAGUUCGAUUGUAGCUGUAAUACGAAUUAUGUGCUCGAUACUAUAAUUCGGUUCAUUGACUUUAUUUUUAAAUUAUCGUACGGCUCCCCGUUGAAAACAGUUUAAAAAAUUAGAAUCAAUAAUUGUAUCAUUCACCCCGCGAUCGUCGAAUACGUUGAGGAAACGCGUGGAAGUUCAAUUAGCGCGUAGAAUGGAGUAUCAGAAUCGAUUGUGCAUGAAAAAAUACUUAAUUUAUACUACGGAUUUGAUGCGGUUUAGUAUAAAUUAAAUGAACGCCGGUCAAUAGUGUAUCUUUUAUGUAGAUGAAUUUUUUUUAUUUAAACAUGUGAUAUAUUUUUUCUUGGCGUUCUUUCAAGUUGUAUGUAAGUUGUAUAAAUAAUGAUGUUCUGGAUUGUUUCCCUGGUAGCAAUCAUUUUGCACUUUAGUUCUGCACAAACCAAACCUGAGUCGCAAGGUUUUUGUGCGCCAUACAGUGGCAAUGUUUGUAAGAAAUAUCUAACUGGAAUUGGGAAAGUAUGGUUCAAUGAUUCCAAUGAUAAUCCCGGAGGAUGGUUGAACGAACGUAUUACAACUAAUUUAUGGGAGGAAUUGAUACAACGACUUGUUGAACCAUGUCGUUCAGCUGCAGAGAAAAUGCUAUGUAUGUAUGCCUUUCCGCGGUGCCACAACUCGGUUGGUCUACCAUUAUGUUAUGAAGACUGUAUGGCAGUACGUCAUCAAUUCUGUUUCAAUGACUGGGCAAUGAUAGAGGACAACAAACAGAGAGACAUCUUUAUCAGAUCAAGAGGACAUUUCACAUUACCAGAUUGUGAAUCAUUGCCAAAAAUAAUUAAAGGAAAAAUGACCUGUUCUCACAUUCAUUUGACCGAUAUGAAUGAAGAACUUGUCACAUGUAAAACAAACUUCCAAAAUGCUUCGAAUGACUGUGUCAAAGGCAAUGGUAGAUUUUACAUGGGAAAAGUAAAUAAAACGAAACUAGGUUUGGAUUGUCAAUCAUGGAAUGCACAAAUACCACAUAGUCAUGAUAGACCACCAGAUGUCUUCCCUCAAAUUCGUUUUGGAGAAAAUUAUUGUAGAAAUGCAGGUGGAGAUGAACCAAUGCCAUGGUGUUUCACCAUGGAUCCUAAUAUUAGAUGGCAACAUUGUGAUAUUCCUAUAUGCGCCCAAAAAACAUCUGGUCCUGAAAGGGUCAAUGCAGAUAAUGUAACAAGCAAAGUUUUGGAAAUUGAUCCUAAAGAUUUAAUAAUGGAUACAUUAUUUACUCCAAUGUUUAUAUUGAUAUUGACUUCAUUGGGAUUUGUAAUUAUAGCAGGAACUUUAUUAUCCAUUAUUUUAAGUCACAAAUUACAUAAAAGACAUCAAGGAUAUAACCCCACAGAUAAUCAGUAUGUCAAUAUUGAUUUGGACAAGUUACCAAGCAACGAUGCAUACCAUAAAACGAGCGCGCAACUUAAUCCAAAAUUGGAAAAAUUGGAGUUUCCAAGGAAUAAUAUCAUUUACGUUCGAGAUUUGGGACAGGGCGCUUUUGGCAGAGUAUUCCAAGCAAAAGCGCCAGGUCUCGUUCCAGGUGAAGAAUUUACCAAUGUUGCUGUAAAGAUGUUAAAAGAAGAAGCUUCAGACGAUCUUCUGAAAGAUUUUGAACGAGAAGCAUGCCUUCUCGCCGAAUUUGAUCACCCAAAUAUCGUCAAAUUGUUAGGUGUAUGCGCCUUAGGCCGACCAAUGUGUCUCCUUUUCGAGUACAUGGGCCGCGGUGACUUGAAUGAAUUUUUACGAUCUUGUUCACCAGGCAAUUAUAUUAUUCGAAGCUUAGAAAAGGACGAACAUUUCACAGAUUCUCGUUUAUCACAUAUGGAUUUAAUUAAUAUUGCACUUCAAGUAGCAUCAGGAAUGGUGUAUUUGUCGGAUCGAAAAUUCGUUCAUCGGGAUCUUGCAACGAGAAACUGUUUGAUCAAUGACCAAAUGAUUGUAAAGAUAGCAGACUUUGGCUUGUCACAAAAAAUCUAUUUACAAGAUUACUACAAAGGUGAUGAACAAGAUGCUAUUCCAGUUAGAUGGAUGCCUUUAGAAAGUAUAUUGUACAAUAAGUAUACCGUCGAAUCUGAUGUAUGGGCAUUCGCGGUGUGCUUAUGGGAAAUAUUUAGUUUUGCGCUUCAACCUUAUUAUGGAAUGACGCAUGAAGAAGUUGUAAAAUAUAUUAAAGAAGGCAAUGUGCUCCAGUGCCCUGAAAAUACUCCGCCGGCGGUAUAUGAUCUGAUGAAGCUUUGUUGGAACAGAAGACCAUCAGAUAGGCCUACUUUCAGAACAAUUUAUAACACUCUUGAUACUAUAAAAUACAAUCUGGAAGCAGAAAAUAAGUCGGAUAGCGUACCAUUGCGUAUUCAUGUUUGAGCCUGAUAAUAAUUUGUCUCUGAAGAAAAUUCAAUUAUAUAUUCAUAUAAUUAUAAAAUAAGUGAUAUUUAUGGAAAAGUAAAGGUAAGUAAGUGGUAAAUUAUACUACAUGUUAUACACAAUUGCCUUUGUUACGUUUGUUAUGUAGCCUUAUUAAAUGAAUUAAUCGAAAUAUUUAUGAAAAAUGUAUUAAUAAUAACACAUAUUGGCUACUAUUAUGUUUGACACAAGAAUGAUUGCAUGAAUGCGUCAAGUCAUAUUGAUAAAUUGGAAUCAGUCUAUUUGAUUUAUAUCUAAUUCUUGUAAAUAUACAUAUACAUUACUAAAUCAAUCUUUUUUUACAAAAUGAAAUAUUUCAAAUUGUUUCUUAAUCGUAUUUGCAGUUAAUAGUAACACAUCUUGGCUACUAUUAUAUUUACAAAAAUGAUUGCAUGAAUGUAUCAAGUCAUAUUAAUAACUGGUUAGUCUAUUUUAUUUAUACUCAAUUCUUGUAAAUAUACUAUAUUACUAAAUCAAUCUUUUUUUACAAAAUGAAAUAUUUUAAAUUCUUUCUUAAUCAUGUUUGCAUUUAUUAUAUUUAAAAUACUAUUUAAAAUAAUUGUCAUAACACUUUUUUUAGAUUAUGCUAAAAGUUUAUUUAUUAAUAAUUUAAUUAAAUCUAUAUCAAGACUAAAGAACUGAAGACUGGUAUGUAUGUAGAAUACAUACAUGUAAUUAAAGUAUUAUAUGAGUGUUUCAAAGAUUUUCCGCAUAUACAAAUUUCGAUCUUACUUGCGUUCUGCCUAUUGUGAUUUUAUGCAUUCCGUCAACGAAUUUUACAAUAAUACAACCUGUUACUAAUUGCCAUUAAAAGACAUCUUUAUAAUAGUCCAAUUUAAUAUUAAGAAUAAAACAUAAUAUAAAGAUUUCAGUGGUACUACUAUAAUUAUGAAAUGUUUAUUAUAUAAGUAAUCAGAAUCUAAAACUAGAUGUGUUUUUUCAAAGCAAAUGAUAGAUUAAUUUGUGUGUUGCUAUUAAUAUCAACUUGUUUAUAUUUACAAAAAUUAGAAGUAUGCUUAUAAAAAGAUACAGUAUUGCUGUUACUCUACUUAAAGAAUUUCAUAAAAUUUUCUUAUACAAACAUAACACUGAUGUUUGAAAUAUUUGUUUAAUGUUCUAUCAAAGAAAAAAACUUAGUCUGAAAUGAUAAAGAUUCAAUAAUUACAUAAUAAGAAUACUGGAUCUUUGAUAUCAUUUUCCAUUUUAAUAUAUUUAUGAAUGUAUUUACAUUUACACAAAUUUUUAAUGGUUGUUAUUUCUAUAAUUACAAAUGUAAAGACUGAUAAUGUAUUUUUUAAUUUUUAUAUUAUCUAUAUUCAUAAAUAAUAUAAAAUACACUUUUUAUCUUUUAUUCUACUUUUUUUUUUGAUACUUUUCUAUAUGCAAUUGAACAAUAUUUAGUUGUGCUAGUUUAUCAGAUGACUAUAAACAUACAUAUUUAUAUGUGUAAUUAUAUGUAUUAGCAAAUAUGUUUGCGAUAUUCUUUUUAUUUCUUCAGAGCAUAAAUACCUCAAGGUAUAUCCUGAGGUAUACAUUAUGUUACACAAAACAAAUGAACUUUCCUAUAUAUAAAUAUAUAUAAAGCAAAUAGAAAAAUAACAAUGUUUUGCUAAAGCCUAAGACAGAUAACACUAUGUGA